AUGUAUUCCCAUUACCGCAUCCAUGGCGUUCUUCUUCUUGUUCUUUUCUUUCUCUCUAUUUUCUCAUCUUCUUCAUCACCAACGAGUCAAAUCAACUCCAACUCAGUUCUAGUAGCACUUCUUGACUCACAUUACACUGAACUCGCUGAACUCAUUGAAAAAGCUAUGUUAUUACAAACACUAGAAGACACAGUUGCAACCCACAAUAUCACGAUUUUCGCACCGAACAAUGAAGCUCUUGAACGAAAUCUCGAUACCGAUUUCAAACAGUUUCUUCUCGAACCCGGUAAUAUCCAUUCCCUCCAAACUCUUCUACUGUUCCACGUCAUCCCAACCCGACUCGAAACCCAACAACAAACCGGGUCGACCCGUCACCACCACCAACACAAGACUCUCUCCAAUCACAAUCUUCACCUCACCACCAAUUUCACCACCGGCCAAUGGACUGUCGACCAAACCGAAGUCACCCACCCGAACUUCAUAACCCGACCCGACGGUAUCAUCCACGGGAUCCAGCGUCUUCUUAUCCCAAUCUCCGUAGAAAACGACUUCAACAACCGCCGCAGUCUCCGUUCCAUCACCGCCGUAAAACCGGAAGGAUCGCCAGAAAUCGACACGAGAAAUCACCGAUUAAAAAAAUCUACACCGCCGGAAAAUUCUUCACCACCGACAAUUUCGAUCUACGAAGCGAUAGCUCCAGGACCAUCCCUAGCUCCAGCGCCAGCGCCGGGACCAGGCGGCCCACACCACCACUUCAACGGCGAGGCACAGGUGAAGGAUUUCAUCAAAACUUUACUCCAUUACGGUGGUUACAAUGAAAUGGCUGAUAUUCUUGUAAACCUAACGUCGUUAGCAACUGAAAUGAGUCGUUUAGUUUCGGAGGGUUACGUGUUAACGGUUUUGGCUCCAAACGACGAGGCUAUGGCGAAGUUGACGACGGAGCAGUUAAGUGAACCGGGUUCACCGGAAGAGAUAAUGUAUUACCAUAUUAUCCCGGAGUAUCAAACGGAAGAGAGUAUGUAUAAUGCUGUUAGAAGGUUCGGGAAAGUUCGAUACGAUACGCUACGGUUGCCCCAUAAGGUUGUGGCCGAGGAAGCUGACGGGUCUGUUAAAUUUGGACAUGGAGGCGUGGCGGGUUAUUUGUUUGACCCGGAUAUUUAUACCGAUGGGAGAAUCUCUGUGCAGGGGAUUGAUGGGGUUUUGUUUCCUAUGGAGGAGGUAAUGGAGCAGGUUAAACCCGUUUCAGAGAUGGGUCAACCCGGUAAAGUCCUUGUCAAACACAGAAGAGGGAAAUUGCUGGAAACAGCAUGCUGGAUGCUUGGAACCUUUGGACAACAUUCUAGAUUCGCCUCUUGUCUUCAAUGA